UGGGUUCAACAGGUGUUCUAAGACAAGAAAAUAGGGAGAAAUCCCCAAGCUUUGCCGGAUUUCCGGCCGAAAAAUGGGUGGCGGUAGUUGGGGGGAGCUCGUCGGGUGCAGAGGGUCGGGGGAGAGGAAGAGCAGGGCACGCGGGUUUAUAGUGCCACCCUAUAUCGAGGCAUGUGUGAGUGGUCCGAACCUAGCACCAGGGCAUGCACAUGGUAACAUAGCCUCAGGCACAGUUAUGUACACAUUGCAAUGCCAACCCCAUACCAUUUCAGGGGUUAUGCUAUGCCAUGGCAUGCCACAAUUACAUGACGUGAGAUGUGACAAGUGAAGCGUGUCACAACAUGUGACAUGAUGCGUGCCAUAGCAUAAGUAUUUUCAUAAAUUUUUAUAAUCUAACUUUCAAUUGUUUCCCAUUAUUUUAUAUAGAUUCUUGAUCAUUUCCAUUUUCUUUAACUUAGUUUUUGUGUUUCUGCUAUUUGUGAUGUAAAAUAAGUAAAAUUAUAGUUUUACC